AUGGGACUCCCUGGCGCAGGAAAAAGCACCGUCAAGAGGCAGCGCCUCAGCGCAGAUGCGCUGGACAUCGAGCCGGAUAGAAUCAAGUGCAGACAUCCGCGAUACUCGCCGAACAUGGGUGAGGAGACCGACGAGGAAGUCCAUCGAUGGAGCGUCAGACGCUCUGUGGACGACUUCGAGGAUGCGGUGAGGGACGGCAGGUUUCGGGACAUCGUCUUCGAUUCCUCCGGCUCGAACGCCUCCUGGCUUCGCCGCAGGAUCGAGCUUGCCAAGCGUCGAGGCUUCUUCACGGAGCUUCUGUGGGUGGACGUUCCCUUCGAGAUCUCUCUCUUCCGGAACCGCAACCGCGGCCACGAGCAGCGGCGAACUGGGCAGUUCUGCCCAGAGAAGAUCAUCCUCGACAAGUGGCCUGUCCUCGAGCAGAGCUUCCAGGAGCUCAGCAAGAUUGUGGACGUGGCCGAGCGCAUGAAGAACUGGACGGAGAGCUCGGGGGAGCUUGAGGAGGCGAAAGAGGACCUUUACCUCUAUCCUGCACCCCGGUCGAGACCUCCGGCCUUGCGCCCUGGGAUGAAGCACUAUGGCGAGGCGCCAGACGGUGCCCGGCCGCCCUCGCCCUCGGCGGGCUCCCGGCGGAAGUUGCGCAUCGGGCCCUGGAAGAGAAACGACGCCGUCACGCGGAGGAAGAACGCAAGGCUGGCCUACCUCGAUCGCCGCUACAAAGGUGAUAGGGAGUACUAUGUAGACAAGUACGUCCUGGGCAGUCGCGACGUCCUUCUGGAGCGGAACCGCUUUCCCUACCAGCUCCCGCCCGGAGCCGAACACUGGACCAUCUGGUGCAGGCAUGAGAUGGGUCACCAGGAGCUCUGCAACUACGUCGAGGCGUGGUUGGAUGCACGGGAACCUCACCACGUCGUCUCCUGGAACUACGACGACAACCGUGGGCGCCGGACGAUCAACAUCUGGCACGUCCACGUCUACUUCCAGGGGCGAGGUGGCAUCCCACCUCGGCUUACGUGCCCCUCCUCCCUGGAGCGGUCACUGAAGCGGUCACAGAGGGAUGAGGAUCGCCUGGAGCCUCGACUGGAGCCUUCAGAGAAAAGGCGCCGUCUGGGCGACCGCUUUGACACUGCCUCUCCCAGGCGGGCGAGCCAGUCUCCGUCUCCGUGUGGCGAGGGCGACGACGGCCGAGCGCGAGCACCCACGCCCGAGCGCCUGUCGAAAGCCAGGAGCCUGCUGCCCCAGCACAAGCGCUCGCCAUGCUCAGUCUGA